AUGACACUGAUCCUUCCACCAGCUGGCUCUCAGUUCUCGAUGACUACUCAAAUAAUGAAAUCACGCCGCACUGCACCGGAAACAAUUCUUCCAAUCGACCCGGCAAUUCUCGAUGACGAGACUCCAUGCGCAUUGGCAUACGACUGGCAAGAUAGUGGUGUUAGCGGUUCUGUAUUCCCCGAUGAGCUAUCACAAGAAUCGGACUCUACACGGGACCGCUUUGCAAGGGCUGCUCCCUCGUACGAUCCUCCUGAUCAACAGACUCAUCUUUCAGAUGCUCAUAUAACCGAAGUAGAAACGGGCACCGGCGCGGUGCAACCCAUUUGUGGUGACAGUAGCCAAGAGCUAUCAUUUAAUAAGAGACAGACCGCGCCGGAGUACGAUUCAGGACAGCUAUCCAACAGAGUUUGCACUCGCACCACGCCAAGCGAGAAUGUGAACCCGCCCGUCCUUCCUGCGCUUUAUUCUCAUUUCUUGACAGCGCCUGUGGACGACCGUAUGGAAUUUCUUUCUUGGCUGUUCGAGGGUGCGCUUUUACAGUGCAUGUCCGGAUUUCCAACCACUCUGGAGCCCUCAUUGAACAAAGCCCGGACCAAAGGGACUGGGCGCCGUCAAGCACGAAAACUUGUUCCGACGGCUUCCAAAAGUGCCCCGUCCUUGGUGAAAAGUCGGAAAGGUAUGCCAUGGGAGUCGAUUUCCUUCGGAGUCGAAGGAAAUCGACUUUUUGGUUCAGCUGAGGAGAGUAGAAAAGUUGCCAUGGCCGGAUGUGGUGAAGCCGUUUACGGAACAGUUUCCUGGGAGGACGGCAGGGUCGAUUCAGGUGUAUUGGUCUAA